CCAGAGCAAAAGGUUCUGGGCAAACUUAAGCUGAGAAAUUGUGUCGAGCAUUCAAGCGAUUUAUCCGGUUUUAGAUGAAAAGCAUUGAACAUUUAAAUCACGGUUAUCUACUGAUUUUACAAAACCACGAUUAAUAAUCAUCCUCAAAAGUUAAUUGACCAGCAAAAUCGCAUUAAUUGCUAAAACGCAUAGCAAAAAUUUAACAGUGUGGUGAAUAAAUAAAGCGUUUAAGAGCAAUAAAUGCUUUUGAUUAAAAACAUAAAAUGGUUAUCAGGCUUAGUAAAAUGAAGCCAAGCUUUGGUGUCAACAACACUUUAAUUGAAACACAUAAUAACAUAAUAUAACAAUAUUCUUUUAGAAACAGUGAUGGCUUAAGAUUUAUUACUAUCAAUUUAAGUGUAGACCAAAAAACCUAUUUAUUUGCCAAGGAUAAAAAUAAAAAUAUUGAGCGAAAAUCGGAUACUGAUACUACUACCAAGGGAUUUUAAAAUCGCGCUAUACCACCAACUGUGAAUAAUAAAAACAUAUUUUUACGGGCAUAAAUCAAUCUUAAAAGAUAUCACCUUCGGAAUAUUUUAAGACAUGGAUUUUUAAAAUUGAAAAUUCACACUUAUAUUGGUUUUGGAAUUGGAAAGGUUUACUCUCAAGAAUUCCGACUUAUCGAAUUUACCAAAAUAUAUGUUGAACUCCGAAUAGAACCCGUUGCUGCUGUGGACUAACAAUUCGUAGCCGGAAGUAAAAAAACUUUUUGCUAAGAAGCAAGGAGUUAUACAUGUAACUUAGGGGAAGUUCGCAAUAAAAGCGGCUACUGCUUAAAGACAUACUGGAACAUCGGUGACUCCCAGUAACAACAUAGUUUAAUACAAAAUUUGUAAGAAUACCAGUGAAUUAAUAGUAUUUAUACCUGCGAAUUUAUGAUGGAGUCUCGCCCGGAGUGGAGGAUACACCGCUUUAACUACCGAACCCUUCAUCUUCGUGUAGUUUUCUUUGUCUGGGCCUUAAUAUGGACCCAGUACCUAAACUGUGUCUUCUGUGGUGAAAAAUUGGCUUUGUUAUCGGCUACUUUGCGCACAUAUCAGAAAGCGGCUUGUUAUUCGGAUCAAGUGGUUAUAGGCUGCCCCCGCGGUACCAGCAUUUCAAUCGAGUUUGCCCAAUACAACAACUUCGUGGCAAAGGAUGGGUUCAGCAUCGAAGAACUAUGUCCUGGGUCUGGGAAAGCAAGACCUGAAAUACGGAGUAGGACAAAGCACCUUCUUCGUGGGUCCAUCUUUGGUACACCCUCACUGAAGAUACCAUCUAACAGAUUUAUGAACGUUGGCUACGGCCUUGAAAUUCCAGUACAAUCAGUCGCUGAAGAUAGCAGCACCACUGUUACUGGCUCUGAAUCGGUAUUUGGCACAACUCGUUCUGUUGAUAAAGUAGAAAGUACCGAUUACAACAGUGAAAAUGCUCUGGAAAACUGCAUGUGGCCAAAUGCAUUACAGUAUUCCUUACUGCAAACUGUGGUCGAGGCCUGCCAAAAGAAGAAGAACUGCAAGUUUCACGGAUCCCUGCAGUUCUACGGUCAGGGCGCCAGCGGUGUGGGCGAUUCAUCUGGAACAAGCAGUUAUUACAGUAGCACGGCCAGCUCCAAUGCAAUAAACAGCGACCCGUGUCCCAAGCGCAGGAAAAUUGUCGAAGUCGCCUACAAAUGUCGCCCAUAUGAGUUCCGGAGUAAAGUUGCGUGCCACAAUGACGUAGCUCAACUGGAGUGCAAUCCGUACUCCCGGAUAGCCGUAUAUAGUGCCAGUUUUGGAAGAACAGAGUACGAGAGCAUUCAGUGCCCCCAGCCGCAAGGAGUUCGCGAAGAAACGUGUCUCGCCUCAUAUGCCACGGAGACCGUGAUGAAAAUUUGCCAUGGAAGACGGCGAUGCAACCUGGCGGCAGACGCGAACACAUUUGGAAGCCCUUGCCAACCCAACUCUCGAAUGUACUUAAAGGUUGUUUAUACAUGCGUGCCAAAACAAGUUCUUAAAGAUAGCAAGGAGUCGGAAGUAGAGCCUGACGAAGCUGAGGACUUAGACGGCGAUAUGAAUGAUCUAUACGACGAUGAGCUGAUCUACAAGGAGUCAGAAGCUAUUCCUAAGCUAUACAGCAAUACAACAACGGCAAGACGCGGUAAUGGCACCAGCUCAGCCGGGUCGGGGUCCAGUGCUAACGUGUCGAGCAACCAGACCAUAAUGAACAGAUCCCAGGUUAUAGAUGGCGAUAAAAGUGGCGUGAAUCCUGUGAUGACACACAGUGCUGACCAGAGUCUGGAAGAGGACCAGGAACGUUUAUAUUUGUAUCUUAUUGUCUUGGGCUCACUGGGAGUGCUUUUCUCUAUAAUCAUUUUCGCAACUAAGCUAGUGCUUCAAAAGCGCGAUCUUACUACUGAUGCGCACUUAAGCUCCUUGGCCAAAGGAAGGGAUAGAGCAAUUGAGGAGACAAUUAUCCAGAGCGGUUUAAACGAUACAAUCUCAGAAAUAGACGCCGACAUUGACAUUAAAACUCCACUGCCCUUACCCAGUGUGUUUAAAAAUGAGAACUACCUGACGUACGCUCCAGCUAGUAGCCUUUACGCUGGUUUGUCCCCCAACCAGUUACCUCCGGUGAGUUGCCCAGGACCUGGCGCCGAGCUUAUGCCAAAUUCAGUUUUAAUGGCGGGUCGUCAGUCACCUGACCUCAUCGGUGUAGCGCAGGGACCUUUUGUCACCACGAGUGUUGGCAGUGCAGGCGGUCAGGGUCCAGUAGCGGGCAUUCUGACCUCAGCUAUUGUGAUUGGAACUAGCGCCCCCAGUAACAGUCCAAUAAGUCCAAUGGUACCCAUUACCUCGCUGGACCCGUAUACGAGUGCGCCUUCAAUCAGUGGUGGGUAUAUCAUUAACCCCGACAGCAUAAGUGUGCAUCAACGGCAGAAGAGCACCCCAACACCGGCGUCCUUGUUGACUAGAAGCUCGCCAGCGCACCAACCGCAACCGCCGCUAGUGAAUGUCAGUUCACAAAAUAAUGUGUCCAUACCUGGUCAGGGCACAUCGACAUUGCGACGGGCAAAGCCAAGUAUUUUGCAGCCGCAUCUUUCAUAUGACGGCACCGCCCCACGCACUCUCUCAACCGGCGUGGCCGUUGGCUCACAGUUCUACUACGGAUGACAAAGUACAUUGGACUGCGAUCCCCAUGUGUACACCACAGCUUUGGGUGUGGAAAUACGCGUGGCUCCCUCAAUUGUGGCAGAUCGUUCAAGCGCAAUUGAAAACUUUGCCGCAUCUUAGCCAUUGACUUCGGCAAUGCCAAACUCCUCAAGAUUAUUGGAAAAUUUCAAAUGAGGCGUAAGGGACAAUUCGAAGAAAAUUUCUGCUGGCGUUUUCAGCUAUAAGCUAAUCCUAGAUCCAAAGUGAAGAUGGCUGUUAUCUAAUUACUGCCCCUAGAUUGGUACAGAUGCAGUUUUAAACAUGGAAAAACACCGGAAAAUGAAGAAAGCUAAUAAGUUAAUUCAAUUUCCACAUUCUCUAAAAAACUUUUAAGACAAUGUCGAUGGCUCUAAAAACGGAAUAUAUUUUGACAAAAUGUUCAGGUUGUUUUCGAAAAGUAUUACUUAUACUCGCGAUAGAAAGAAUCAAUUAACCGGAAAAGGUUUGCACUGAUUAAGCAAAAGCGAUUUGUGGGCACGUAGUCACAAUUGCUCAGUCCAAUUUAUACAAGGCACUACUGGCCUCAUCCCGAGCACGGCUUGGCAAAAAGCAAAUGCAUUGUGCACACGAUCCAAAUUUUGGGGCACUUAACAAAAUUCAUAACAAAGCGUGUUGUUAAAUUAAGAUUUUCUAUGAUCUUUGAUUUUAUAUCAUUUUCACAUAAAUCUAUAAAAUUUGUUAUUUAGCUAUGCUUGGUCGGAGGUUUUCUUCAAACUGUCAAGUGCCUUCCUAAUUAGUACUUAAGAGUGUAGUUUUCGUUUACUUAAAAUUGAAAGUCAUCGGAGGGGACGGUGUAGAAGUUAGAUAAAAGAAGGCAACCCAAUAGAUAUAAAAUUAGUGUAUUAAAAAUUGUAAAUAAGUAGCUUUGUGGAUAUAAUAUUCGAUUGUUGGAAUUUUGAUAAAAUAACUUCCUGGCAUUAGAAAGGGUAAGGUGCAGAGUAGGGAAAGAUGACGAACUGGCCAAAUCUCACAUGUGACGUUACGUAAAUAUUACAUACAAUUGUAGUCGAUUUCUCGUAUCGUUCUGACUAUGUAAUUACACUAAUAUUAUUAAGUUCGUGAGAUGUUUUUAACCAUAGAGGAUGAGCAAAAAUUAAAAAACCAAUUUAUAAGUGUUUCAGCAUUGCCAGAGUAAAGAGAUUUGGAAAACCAAGUGAAACAAAUACACUGGUCGGCAUUUUUUUUUAUUU